UGGCCUGUCCCAAGAAGCUGGCAGCGUGGAACAGAUCUCCUUGCACUGCGCUGAGGGAUCCCUGGAAUGGCUGUAUCCAGCCGGAGCUUUGCGCCUCAGCCUGUCUCCCCGCCUGCCCACGGGCCCCGCCGGCAAAGAGAAACCGCAGCACGUCACCGCUUGCAUCAAGUCCUCCAGCAGCUUCCGGGGAGCCCAGAUUUACCUGGAACGGGACGGGGUCUUGGAACUGCUCCUCUCGGAGACGGAGGCGGCCCUGCAGCCCAAGGUGCGCUGCUUCAGGUGGCUGUCCGGAGAGAAAGUGGCCCUCUUCCUCCAGUCUACUCUGCACCAAGACAUCAGCCGUCGAAUCGCAGCAUUCCGGUACGAGUUGCGGGGCGAGUGGAAUGCCCACUUUUCCUGGCCCUGGAGGAACCUCAGCGUGGAAGAUGCAGGGACUUGCCGUCCGUGUAACAACACCGAAAUCCUGAUGGCUGUUUGCACAAGUGAUUUUGUUAUCCGUGGCAACAUCAAGUCCGUCUCCAAUGACAGGGAAGCCCAAGAAUCGAUCAUCGGUGUGAGCGCCACGCGGAUCCAUCGCCAGAAAUUUGCUCUGUUUCAACCAGUCGGCAAAUCUGGAAAAUCCACUGGCAAUAUCCACACCCUCCUACGAUGUGGGGUGAAACCCGGCCCAGGAAGUUUUUUAUUCACCGGGUGGAUGCACUUUGCAGAGGCCUGGCUCACCUGCGCUCCCCGAUACAAAGACUUCAUCCGCAUCUAUGAGGAGGCGCGACAAGCUCACGAGAACCCCUGCGAAGUCUCGUUGGACUGACUUGAGACGAGACGAGCUCAGGAAGAAGGGGAGCCUCUGGGGCUGUGAUCAAGCCAGAAUCUGCCGCCCUCAUCUCGGCUGCGGGAGGAGAUCCUUGUCCUUAGAUCCAAGCAGGACAAGCUUUUUCCUUCCUCUGGGAGACUAAACGGUUCUACCAACCCAUAACUCUUGUCUCUGGUUGUCCACCAAUGAGUUGUCUUGGCAAAGUCUGAGAGGAACCUCAUGAGAUGUUCUCUGGUCAAGUUGAGGAACAUCAACGAAGCAGACAAAAGCUUUCAGAACUUUCCAAACAUGGGGAUGAGGUGCGACUUGUGGUUCUGGUCUUUGGGUUUCCCACCACUCCUGAAAGCCAAUAUAAUUAUUCCUGAGUUUGCAGCAACCACACCUCAUCCACGUCACUGCAGAUGUCUGCAGAUACAUCACCAAGCCAACACGAUGGACCAUGGUUUUCAGGUCUAGAAGGAUGAUCCAUUCAACUGUUCAGUCAAGAAAGAUGAUCCAGUUUUCUCUUUGGGGGUUGCGUGGCUGAUCAGCAUUAAGUUCUGUCAUCCAUGGGGGCCAUCCUAAACUAAAUGAAGAGCCAGAUAUUUUCAAGAGGAGGAGGAAGAAAGUUCCAACAUGCCAGAAAGAGAGACAAAAAAAAUGUGUCAGGAAAGGACACAUAUUCACUUCUAUUCAUUUUGAUUUUAUAUAUAUACCGUAUAUCCUUCUAAGUAAGGCAGGCAGGACAAAGCUUUAAACAACUCCAAACGAAAGACUCCCCCCCCCCUCAAAAUAACAUGAAUGUGAAAAUGGGUUGA